CUGCGCAAAGAGACAUCUGGCAUUUCUGGGGGAUUUCGGAGAGGGUGAAGAAGAUCCCAUCUAGAUCUUUUUCUAAAGGGAAGUCACACUCUCAAGAGUCUUACCAUGGCCUGGCCUCUGCUUUUCCUGUCCCUUCUCAGCUACUGCACAGGUGUCACUUCACAACCCGGUUUGACUCAGCCUGCUUCCCAGUCGGUGUCUCUGGGCCAAACUGCUACACUCUCCUGCUCUAGAAAUGGUGGUAGCAGGUGGGAUGAUAUUCACUGGUAUCAACAGAAACCUGGACAGCCUCCCCGUUUUCUGUGGUAUGGAUCCAGCACCCGGGGAGAAGGGGUCCCAGUUCGGUUCACCGGUUCUCGCUCUGGCACAUUAACUAUCUCUAACAUCGAGGCUGCAGAUGAAGCAGUUUAUUUCUGUUGUGACUACGAGGGUGGCAGUAGCACGUUCCACAGUGGGAGGUGCCAGCAGAUUAGAGAUCUCUUUGUGGGAUCCCCCCUGCUUUUGACAUUAACCAUGGCCUGGAUCCUUGUUCUCCUCAUAUGCCUCAGUUACUGUUCAGGUGUCACAUCGCAGACAACAUUGAUCCAGCCUGCCUCCGAGUCUGUGUCCCUGGGUCAAACUGUCAAAUUCUCCUGCUCUAGAAGUAGUGGCAGCUUGUAUGCUUAUAGCUGGUAUCAACAGAAAAGUGGACAGCCUCCCCGUUUUGUGUUCUAUGCUACCAGCACUCGGGGAACCGGGAUCCCUGAUCGGUUCACUGCCUCCACCUCUGGGAACACUUACUAUUUAACCAUCUCCAAUGUCCAGCCUGAAGACGAGGCGGUUUAUUACUGUUGUGACUGGGUGACAGGCAGUAAUGUGUUCCACGGUGGUACAAUCUGA